AACAAACAAUUUUUCAAAAAGUUUAUUAUGGAGUUUUGUUGUUAAAAUAUUAAAGUUUUAAAUAACAUAAUAAUGAAUUCAUAAAUUCUAACUUAAAAUACUUAAUUUUUAUAUUUCCUUCACUGUAAAAAAAUAUAGUCCUGAUACAAAAAAACUACAACAAUUGAAACUACAUUCUUCAUUUUUGUUACAAUCACAGACAGGAAUAAUAAAAUUUGAUAAAUGAAAAAGUAAUGAUUUUAAUUGACAAAAAUGGCUGGAAACUUUUGGCAGAGUUCGCACCAUCAACAAUGGUUAUUGGAUAAACAAGAUUUAGUACGAGAGCGUCAACAUGAUCUUUCAAUAUUAUCAGAAGAGGAAUAUCAAAAAUUAUUUAUAUUUUUUGCAAAUUUGAUUCAAGUUUUAGGAGAACAACUAAAAUUAAGACAGCAAGUUAUUGCAACCGCUACAGUAUAUUUUAAAAGAUUUUACGCAAGAAACAGUUUAAAAUGUAUUGAUCCAUUACUUUUAGCUCCAACUUCAGUUUUUUUGGCUUCAAAAGUAGAAGAAUUUGGUGUUAUUUCAAAUAGUAGAUUAAUUACCACCUGUCAGACUGUUGUGAAAAACAAAUUUAACUAUGCUUACUCGCAAGAAUUUCCAUACAGGACGAAUCAUAUUUUAGAAUGUGAAUUUUAUUUACUGGAACAUUUAGACUGUUGUUUGAUUGUAUAUCAACCAUAUCGUCCUUUAUUAACUUUGAUACAAGAUGUUGGUCCAGAUGAGCAAUUAUUAACUCUUGCAUGGCGAAUUAUAAAUGAUAGUUUGCGAACUGACGUUUGUCUUCUCUAUCCUCCUUAUCAAAUUGCAAUAGGUUGCUUACAAAUUGCUUGUGUCAUAUUACAAAAAGACUUGAAAACAUGGUUCGCUGAAUUAAAUGCCGAUAUGGAAAAAAUUCAAGAAAUUGCCCGCUAUAUAAUUAAUCUCUAUGAAUUGUGGAAAACAUAUGACGAAAAGAAAGAAAUACAGGCUUUAUUGAAUAAAAUGCCAAAACCAAAGGCUGCACCACAACGUUGACAAAACACCACAUUCAUUAUUAUUGACUUUAAGACUAAUUAAGUGGUCUGAUUUUUUUUUUUUAUAACUUAAUUACAUUUUAAAAUAAAAGAAAUUUUCAAUUUUA